GCAGCGAGAAGGGGUGCAAAGGUGGGUACCAGGCGAUGCCCGCACCCUGCCGGGGGCCCCCCAAAGCCCUGGGGGAACUGGGGUGUCCAAUGGGAGCCCCCCUGGGCAGCCUACACGGGGUACCGAGCAAGAAGCGGAGGAACAGGACAACCUUCAGCACGUUCCAGCUGGAGGAGCUGGAGAAGGUUUUCCAGAAGACGCAUUAUCCCGACGUCUACGCCCGGGAGCAGUUGGCGCUACAGACGGACCUGACCGAAGCCAGGGUGCAGGUCUGGUUCCAGAACCGAAGAGCCAAGUGGCGGAAACGGGAACGUUAUGGGAAAAUCCAGGAG